AUGGAAUAUGUUAUCAUUGGUGUCAUUAAGAAAUUAGCAACGACAGAAAUAGCUGGUAUUAAGGGCAUUAUUUGGGGUGAUGGCACCACUUCUGCGCCACCUACAGGAAUUAUUUGGGACGAAGGAUUAAGAGUGGAAAGGGUCCCUUCAGGAUCAAAAUUUUCCUUUAUUAAAUUUAAUCGUGCCGAAAACAAAGUAUCUAUUCCCUGA